AUGCGGCUCUACUCACCUGCACUCUGUUUGCGGCGAUCAAGCACACAUUCUCAUCCUAACCAGUUCCGAGGAGGAUUCACGCAGAGUAUGGCCUCAUGGAAGUGCCCGCACUCGCAGUCAAGCCUGUACCAUCCGAAGUCGGGUUUAGUUGAUUUUUCGCUUAGCAAGAAUGUAAAGUCUUCUCAGCCACAAAGUAUAAAGUACUUUGUCAACUUAAUGGGCCAGCAGUUCCGUUGUGGACUGUCAACCAGAGAGGGUAGCCUAAGCGUAAAGCUUGACAUUCCUUCGCACGAAAAAUCAAGGAUAGGUUGGAACUGGAAAAAUAUGCAUCACAAGAUAGGAGGUGCAGCAGGUGGACUCUGCUUUGGUUUUUCGGUUACUGGAGUAGCAAGCGCUGAGGUUCCUGUCAUUAGGAUCAAAGACAAUGCCGAAACUUCAUCAUCAUCUACCAGUUCAACUCAUGGGAAGAAAGUCUACACAGAUUAUUCUGUCACUGGUAUUCCUGGAGAUGGAAGAUGUUUGUUCCGCUCUGUGGUACAUGGUGCGUGCAUUAGGUCAGGGAGACCCAUACCUAACGAAGAUCUUCAGAGAAAACUAGCUGAUGACUUGAGAGCAAUGGUCGCCGAUGAAUUUGUUAAGAGGCGGGAAGAGACUGAAUGGUUUGUUGAGGGGGAUUUUGAUACAUAUGUAUCCCAUAUUAGGGAGCCACAUGUGUGGGGAGGUGAGCCAGAAUUGUUCAUGGCAUCCCAUGUUCUUCAGAUGCCAAUAACGGUUUACAUGCGCGAUGAGGAUGCUGGUGGUCUGAUAGCAAUUGCAGAAUAUGGCCAGCAGUAUGGCAAAGAAGACCCAAUCCAAGUCUUGUAUCAUGGUUUUGGCCAUUACGACGCUAUACAGAUCCCAGCAAAGGUUGGUUCGAAGAGGAAGCUGUAG